AUGGGCCAAAACAAAACACCUCAAACCCAGAAACCUCACCUAAAUCUUCACCCUCGUUUUCUCCUCCCCGUAUCUCUUUCUGUAUCUCGUUGAAACACUCAAUAAUUCACUCAAACACUUUGUAAUGGAAAAUCUUGCCAUGGGCUACUCAUCCAAAAUGGUUGUACUAAGUGGGUCAUCUGUUAAUUCCCCAGGAAACGUUACCAAUCAAUCUCUUUUUGGUUUAACCAGAAAACCCAUCACCACAAGAUUUUCUAGACCAUUGAGAAGGGCUUUGAGUCAUUCUUCAGUUGUUUGUCAGUAUCAGAGCUCAGCUUCUUCUAAUAUCAACAAAUUACAAGCUCAGGAGAAGCGAAGGAAUGAAUGCUUUGCAAGUAUAUUUUCUUCUGGUGGGAAGGAAACAUCAUCGAUUGCCGUCAGUCCUCAGCCUCUAGUGCCACCUCCUCCGCCUUCUCAAGUUGGAUCACCUCUCUUUUGGAUAGGAGUUGGUGUUGGGUUCUCAGCACUAUUUUCUUGGGUGGCAGGAAGAAUGAAGAAAUACGCAAUGCAACAAGCUUUCAAAACUUUAAUGGGACAGAUGGAUUCACAAAAUAACCAAUUCAGCAACCAAUUCGGCAACCCUUCCUUUCCAGCUGGAUCAAACUUUCCUUUUCCACCACCGCAACCCUCAAGUCCAGCCACUUCAUCUUCUCCAGUUGCAUCACGUAAUGCAACUGUAGAUAUACCUGUGACCAAGGUUGAGGCUCCACCUACCACAGUGGUCAAUGAGGACAGAGAAUCAAAGCCGAAAUCCAAUAAAUCAGCUUUCGUUGAUGUAUCUCCUGAAGAAACUUUGCAAUCUAACCCUUUUGAGAGUUUCAAGGAGUCAAGUGAGAAAGAGGAAUCUAAAGAUUCUCAGUAUCAAACCCAAGGUUUUCAAAAUGGAGCUGCUUUUAAGCCAGAUUUUGAUGCUCCAAGGGAUUUCUCAUCCAGCAAAAAAGCAGAUCCUGUCUUGUCAGUAGAAGCAUUAGAGAAAAUGAUGGAGGAUCCAAUGAUGCAAAAGAUGAUAUAUCCCUAUCUGCCAGAGGAGAUGAGGAAUCCUACUACUUUUAAAUGGAUGCUGCAGAAUCCUCAACAUCGUCAACAACUGCAAGAUAUGUUAAACAGCAUGGGGGGUAAUCCUGAAUGGGACAACCGAUUGAAGGACUCCCUGCAAAAUUUUGAUCUCAGCAGUCCUGAGGUCAAGGAGCAGUUUGAUCAAAUCGGACUUACCCCUGAAGAAGUUAUUUCAAAAAUAAUGUCGAAUCCUGAUGUUGCCAUGGCCUUCCAGAACCCUAGAGUUCAAGCUGCCAUCAUGGAUUGUUCUCAAAAUCCAUUGAGUAUUGCAAAGUACCAAAAUGACAAGGAGGUUAUGGAUGUUUUCAAUAAAAUUUCAGAACUCUUUCCUGGAGUUACAGGUUCGCCUUGAGCGUUUUAGGUAAAUACAUAUGCAGUAUGGCCUUUUAUCAUUUUUGAGAGGGUUACUUGGGUAAAUGGGAUUAAAGUUGCAGUGUCCAGUCUAGUUUGCAUCUGAUCAGCAGGUAUGGCUAUACGGCUCGGGGUUUAUUAUCAUAGUUAAGAAGCUGCACUUACUUGUAAGUGUUAGCUUUAUAGAAUUUGUAGAACCUCCUUGACCUUCUUUAGUAGAUGGAUUGCUUUUGAGUUUUCUGCUUCGAUAUUGGGCACAUUUUCAGUUAUCUGGAAGUAGUGGAUUUUAAUCAUUAA